UGUUGUGUGUCUCUAUGGUGAUAGGCAGCUUGGAGAGGAUUAAACUCCUACUGUACACACACACACACACACACACACACACAGGAAGUUGACUGAUAAAUAGUCUCCUUUAGGAACAGAAGCUUCUUCUCUCCAUAACGCAAAAGAAAAGAGAGCAGUGUGUCUUACAGUUUGUUCCUGUUUAAAAUCUGACCAAUCUGAAUCAACGCCUUGGUCUCGAUAUUUACGAUACGUCUGUGCUGAUACAAAGCAGUGUGUGUCAGAGAGAGAGAGAGAGAGAGAUGAGCGUGGCUGUGGGCAGUAACACUCAGGAGGAAUAUGAGGAUGACUUUGAGAAAGAUCUGGACUGGCUGAUCAGUGAGGAGAGCAAGAACGAGGAGCAGGAUGAAGACGACAUUGAAGCCCAGAUAGACCACGAGCUGGAAGAUGAGGAACGAGGGAAGGAACAUGACGAAGGGCAGAGUAAAAGUGGCACAGAUGACGAUGGAGAUAACGAAAGAUGGCCGACGCCCAUGGACCCUUUGGAGGAUGCGUUAGAUGUCAGCAGUGAUUCUAAAUAUGAGCAUGAUAAAGAAGAGGUUGAUGAAGAGAAGAAAUCCAUCCAGCAGAAGAUCGAGCAGGCGAACAGGCAGCUGCAGGACCAGGAGGCACCGGACGAGACGCGUCGCCGCCGUCUGCACUUCAAAGACACGCUCGUGGACCUGGUGGUUCCUGCCAGCGACCUGGAGGACAGUCCGGCGGACGUCUCAGGCCACAUGCUGAAGCUCAAGAUCUCCUCUCAGGAGGAAAGCGACGGAGGAGACGGACGCAGAGAGGGAGUGAGAGAAGGACGAGUGCUGGUGGAGAAGGACGGGAAGUUUGAUCUAGUGAGUCUGAAAGAGGUGGAGAGUCCCGGACUGCUCCCGCCUCUCCCCGAGAUUCAACGAGAACCCGGCAAGAGUCCGUCCUCCUCCCCGAAACUGCUCUCCAGCUCGGGUUCUUCAGCCUCGUCCGAGCCUCGCUAUGCACCCAGGCCUCCAGCACGACCCCGGGCGCGUCCCAAUUCAGCGAGCAACACGCAAAGGGUGGUGUUUAGACACGGCAGCAAACGUAGGGUUCAGUCGGCCAGCGGGGUUUCAUCUCACGCCACCUUCUUCCUCUCGCCGCAGCAGAAAGAGCUGCUGAACAAACAACAGGAGAAGAGAGAGAAACUCGCCAGAGAGCCUCUUUUUUCUUCUCAGGAGGAAGAGCGGAGGCGUGAGGAGGAGGAGCAGAAGCGCCAGGAGAACGAGCUGGCGUUCAGGUCGUGGCUGAUGAAGAAGAGGCAGCAGCUGCAGGAGGAGAGGAGAGUGCUGAGAGCUCAGGAGAUGGAGAGGAUGAGCGGAAAGAGGGAGUGCUGUGACGCCGAGGAGGCGUUUAAACUCUGGCUGCAGAAGAAGCAGCAGCAGCAGCUGAAGGAGCGACAGCUGGAGGAGAUGAAGAGGCUCGAGAUGGAGAGCAGCAGCUACCUGCACCGACCUGAGGAGUGUGAGAAAGCCUUCAGACUGUGGUUGAGGAGGAAGCGGAUGGAGAAGCGGCUGGAGCAACAGGCUGCUCGAGAGCGCUCCCGCAGGCUGCUGAUGGAAGAACGACGCGCCAGACGCAUGAGCGACCUCUACUACCCCGUCAACGAGAUCCAGUCCCUCCGCUUCAAACAGCCCUACAGCUACCGCUUCUAACUCCUCCCAUUUCCAUAAUCACCACGGCUACCGCUUCUAAACUCCUCCCAAUUCCAUAAUCACCACAGCUACCGCUUCUAAACUCCUCCCAAUUCCAUAAUCACCAUGGCUACCGCUUCUAAACUCCUCCCAAUUCCAUAAUCACCAUGGCUACAGCUUCUAAACUCCUCCCAAUUCCAUAAUCACCACGGCUACCGCUUCUAAACUCCUCCCAAUUCCAUAAUCACCACGGCUACCGCUUCUAAACUCCUCCCAAUUCCAUAAUCACCACGGCUACCGCUUCUAAACUCCUCCCAAUUCCAUAAUCACCAUGGCUACAGCUUCUAAACUCCUCCCAAUUCCAUAAUCACCAUGGCUACAGCUUCUAAACGCCUCCUAAUUCCAUAAUCACCAUGGCUACCGCUUCUAAACUCCUCCCAAUUCCAUAAUCACCACGGCUACCGCUUCUAAUCUCCUCCCAAUUCCAUAAUCACCACGGCUACCGCUUCUAAACUCCUCCCAAUUCCAUAAUCACCAAGGCUACAGCUUCUAAACUCCUCCCAAUUCCAUAAUCACCAAGGCUACAGCUUCUAAACUAUUCCCAAUUCCAUAAUCACCAUGGCUACAGCUUCUAAACUCCUCCCAAUUCCAUAAUCACCACGGCUACCACUUCUAAACUCCUCCCAAUUCCAUAAUCACCACGGCUACCGCUUCUAAACUCCUCCCAAUUCCAUAAUCACCACGGCUACCGCUUCUAAACUCCUCCCAAUUCCAUAAUCACCAUGGCUACAGCUUCUAAACUCCUCCCAAUUCCAUAAUCACCAUGGCUACAGCUUCUAAACGCCUCCUAAUUCCAUAAUCACCAUGGCUACCGCUUCUAAACUCCUCCCAAUUCCAUAAUCACCACGGCUACCGCUUCUAAUCUCCUCCCAAUUCCAUAAUCACCACGGCUACCGCUUCUAAUCUCCUCCCAAUUCCAUAAUCACCAUGGCUACAGCUUCUAAACUCCUCCCAAUUCCAUAAUCACCAUGGCUACAGCUUCUAAACGCCUCCCAAUUCCAUAAUCACCACAGCUACCGCUUCUAAACUCCUCCCAAUUCCAUAAUCACCACGGCUACCGCUUCUAAACUCCUCCCAAUUCCAUAAUCACCACGGCUACCGCUUCUAAACUCCUCCCAAUUCCAUAAUCACCACGGCUACCGCUUCUAAACUCCUCCCAAUUCCAUAAUCACCACGGCUACCGCUUCUAAACUCCUCCCAAUUCCAUAAUCACCACGGCUACCGCUUCUAAUCUCCUCCCAAUUCCAUAAUCACCACGGCUACCGCUUCUAAACUCCUCCCAAUUCCAUAAUCACCAUGGUUACAGCUUCUAAACUCCUCCCAAUUCCAUAAUCACCACGGCUACUGCUUCUAAACUCCUCCCAAUUCCAUAAUCACCACGGCUACAGCUUCUAAACUCCUCCCAAUUCCAUAAUCACCACGGUUACAGCUUCUAAACUCCUCCCAAUUCCAUAAUCACCACGGCUACCGCUUCUAAACUCCUCCCAUUUCCAUAAUC